CUGAGAACACAAGUGGAACACUACUCAAGGAAAACAAAAAGGACACUGCUGCUUUCAUUCUUGUCUUUUCCCUACAUUUGGAAAAGUGACUCAGAAAGAAAGCAAAGAAAGGUAAGUGAACUACAUUAUAUAAAGAUUUUUGAAAGAGCAGAGAAAUUAAAGAAAUUUGUCUUGAGUCCAAUCAAUUUAAUAUUCUUUUUUUUUCCUGGAAUACAAAAACUAUGGGUUAAAAGGUUUUGCCAGAAUGAUUUUUUAAUGAGUAAUUUUAACCAGUGACUGGAUCUGUUUAUCAACAGUAUGUCCAAAGCAGGAGACAGGACACCUUCUACUACCUCCGUCGACUCAGCCUCAACAGAUGGGUGAGUUUGUACAUUACCACUAUUUAUGAAUUUAAUGGAUGAAAAAGUGUUUUAAAAAAAUGCAGUUUUUGUACAUUCUCAAACGGUUCCGUAGGUGACCUAUUUAAAUUAAUUUAUUAGUUAGCCAAAUUAGUGGUUAAUUAUGUAGAUUAUGUAAGUAAUCAGAGAAGUUUUAUCUUAUGAUCAAGGGGUUUCACAUGUAUUAUUCAUUUAUUUUAUUUAUUUAUUUUUACAUUUAUUGUUCAUUGUGUUCUCUUGACCUUGCAGUAAAGAUGGUAGCUCAAGGGAUUCCCUAUCAGGUUCAGUCUCCGACACACCCAAGAAAACCUCAAAGAAGUCCAAGAAAAACACUGAGAGUAUGAAUAAGGUCUACAACUCUGUGCUCAACAGUGUUUUUGGGGCAGUAAGUUGCUCACGUGCACAUGUUGUUAUGUAUGUGCAAUGCAUGUGGAACUAGAUGUGAACAUCUUUUUCUAAAAUACAAAGGCAAUUUUGACUAGUAUUGCAUAAUCACCAUACCAUGUAACCCCGUCCAACUUUACAUCCAACAAGGAAACUUGGAUGCAAAGAAUCUUGAUCUUUUCUAUCAUCAACAACAACACUUAUCAUUGGAAUAAAGAUUUAAAUUCACAGAUACAGCUGCUUAAACCAGUUUAAGCAGCUGUAUGUCUAUCAUUAAAACAUCAGAUUCAAAACUUAAGUGGGAGUCAGGCAGUAUUCAAAGCCUGCAGGUUGUAUCCGAUGGUUUUGAGCUGUGUUUACUAAGCUUGUGUGUCUGUAGUAUUAGUGUCUAAUUAGUUCAGGCUUACUGCCACAAUUCAUUAGUAUAAUCCAAAAGAAGAGCUUUGGCAAGCACUCAUUUGACACAACUUGAAAUUAUUCACAGUACCUCUCUCUAGUACUACACCAAGUAACUAGAAACUGUCUUCUGUAAAAUUGCCCUCUGUGUUGCCUUUCAUGUUCAUCUAUGCUGUGUGCAUAGUACAGCAUCUUUGAAUUAAAAAAUGUACUUUAAAUCCUAAACAUAAAAAAGUGUUUGGUUGUCUUUUGUAAGGUAAAGAUGCUUUGGUAGUUUUUAUAUCGCAAAAUUUUCUGUUUUCUCUACAGUCAUAUUUUCAGGAUUCAACUUGUGUAUUGUUAUUCUUUCUACAGGACAGAGAAUUAGCCCAGGCGGAGUUGGAUGGUAAGUACAAUCACCACAGUUAAACAAUUGAAGUGUUGCAGUGUUGGAAAGCUCAAUACCACCCACCUCUCUUUCAAGCUAAAAUAGUGUGUAAUCAAUAGAAAUAAAUAGGUCAAAUAAUAGUUUGGCCAUAUCAAAAUGUCUGAGAUAUUUUUUGUAGUCACCAAGGAGUCUGCAACUUUUUCUGUUUUAAAGGCUAUGUGCUAGUCUGACAUCUUCUUUUGUGGUUCCAAUGGCUGUGAUCUCUUUGUGACCCCUUGUGAUCUUUUUUUACAGAGUUGCAAGAGGCCUUUAAAGAAUUUGACUACGAUCAAGAUGGAUAUCUGAACUACAAAGAUGUGGCGGAAUGCAUGAGAACCAUGGGAUACAUGCCUACAGAAAUGGAGCUGCUGGAGAUUGUACAACAAAUCAAGAUGCGAAGUAAAAAUUAGACAGCACAGACAACUUGUGCACAGAGAUUAAAUAUAUAUAUAUAUAUUUAGCAAUCAAAUUUGAUAACUUAACUCUAACUAAUACUUAUGUAUUUUUCAUAAAGGGGAAUUCAUGUGUGUGUGGCUAUUUGCUAUUAAUCCCCUAUUUCCUUAUGUGAUAACUCUCUUCUUAAAUAGUGGGUGGGUUGAUGGAUUUUGAAGACUUUGUCGAAUUGAUGGGACCCCGAAUGAUGGGAGAGACUGCUCAUAUGUUGGGACUCAAAGAGCUUCAAUCAGCCUUUGUGCAGGUCUGGCAUCAUCAUCAAUAACAACAACAACAACAAAAUGCAUGUAAUAAAUUAUAAUAGCAACAGAAAGAAUAACUUAAUUGGUAUGGGGAAAUGUAUCGACUCAAAGGGUUUCACUCAAAUUUUUUGCAUCUCUGUGAAUCAAUCAAAAAAUUUUAAUAGAUUAGUUUUAAAGUAUGGUAAUUAAUUUGUCAAAUUUUAGCAGCCAAGUUGCAUUUUUAACAACUUGGUUUGCUGUGGUUGGAAAAAUCAACACCAUCACCUCAUCAGGUUUCUUCCACUUUUUUUUCCUUUUAAAGUUUGAUCUAGAUGGAGAUGGGAAAAUCAACCAGGAUGAGAUGAAAGAGGCAAUCAAAUCACUCCUAGGGGAGAAGCUAAAGAAAGGAGAACUGGAGGAGAUCUUGAAGGAGCUGGACAUUAAUGCAGAUGGAAACAUUGACUUUGAAGGUGGGAUUAAGAACUUGCUUUUUAUCAAAUGCUUCACAUCACAUCAUACUCAAACCUCCAAUACUUGUUGUCACAAAUAUAUCAAACUUUUUCAGUCAGAUAAACUCCUGUGUUUUCCUGUGUCUCCUGUGUCUUCUCCCUUUCAGAGUUUGUGAUGAUGCUGUCCAUUCGCUAGCUGCCAGGAAAACUAAUAAGAAGACAUACAAGCAAC